AUGCUCCUCCUCGGCCUGACAGGUAGCAUAGCUACGGGAAAAUCAACUGUUUCAAACAUUCUCUCCUCACCACCCUACAACCUGCCAAUCGUCGACGCUGACAAAGUCGCCCGUCAAGUCGUCGAGCCAGGGACGUUCGGCUACCAGAAAAUCCUAGACACGUUCGGACCAUCCACGCCAGAUUUAUUGGUACCUGCGACACCUGAAAAUGGCGGCGAGAAGGGACACAAUGGCAAGGGCAGACCACUCAACCGACCCGCGCUCGGCCGCAGAGUAUUUGGCGAGGGCAAAGAUGAGGACAGGAAGGCAUUAAAUGGAAUUGUUCACCCUGCAAUAAGAGGAGAGAUGUACAAGCAGAUGUUGUUCGCAUACCUACGUGGUAGCUGGGCGGUGGUGCUGGAUGUGCCGCUGCUGUUCGAGUCGGGCUGGGAACCACUCUGCGGUACGAUACUGGUCGUCGCUGUCAAAGAUCCGAAGGUGCAGAUGGAGAGACUACGAGCACGAGAUGAGCAUUUGACGGAGGAGGAUGCAAAGAACCGCGUUGCGGCGCAGUGGGAUGUCAGAGACAAGGCGGAGCGAUGUCUGCGCCGAGGAGACAAAGCUGGAGUAGUGGUGUGGAACGAUGGUGGAAAAGAGGAUCUCAAGAGACAGAUUGAUCAGGUCAUGUCGCAGGUCAGAACGAGCAGUCCGCAGUGGUGGGCAUGGAUGUUGUUGCUUUGUCCACCUCUUGCGGUCUUAAGCGGCGGUUGGUCCUAUGUGAGGAGCUGGUGGAUCAAGAAGCAGUGGGAGAAAGAGAAGCAGCGCGAGAAGGCGAAGCUGUAG